UAUCCUAUUGUUUGUAUGAAGUGCUACACAAUAUACCAUAUAAGGUAUCUUUUAGAAAAAGUUGGGUUAAAUACAGUUAAGUGAUAUUUUUCAUUGUUAUAAACAAUAGGUAAAUACAAUUUUAGCAAUUCAAAAAUUCGAUAACAAACGUCCAAAGUUUGUACCAUAAUUAAUUUAAUAUAAUAGACGUUUUAAAUUAUAAUAUGUCUAACGAGGAAUUUAUAUUAGUAAAUCGACGCAAGAAACGUAAAAAAUUCGUACAAGUUGUUAAAGAACAAUUAUCUCUUACAGAAUUCAACGAAAUUGAAUUUGAAAAAGAUAUAAUAAGACGAAAAGUAAUUGAUGCAGCACUCAAGCUAAGAGGACGUGCAAAUACAAUGAAUUCCAAUGUCAAGAUAAUUCGUGCUUUAGCACAAGAAUUACGUCAUAUUUCCUUAAGUGAGAAAAUAAAAGAUAAUAUUACAAUGCAAUAUAUUUUGGAACAAGCACGUUCUCAUAAGGAAACUUCAGAAGUUCUAUGCAAAGCUCAAAAAGAAUUGAAGAACUUAGCUGAAACUUAUCUUUGUUACUUGACAUCGCAAAAGAAGUACAAGGAAAUUAAAAUGCAGUAUUCCGGUAAAGGAGAAAGAAGUAUUAAGGAUACGGCAGAUCUUGUUGGUUUUAAAUUACCACACGAUCCAAAAUAAAGAUAUAAAUUGAAAGACAAUAAGACGGCCUCUGUGAAAAGGUAGUAGACUGUGUUGAGAAGAUUUUAAAGAAAAGUUCCUCAAAACUCGUAAAAGAGAGAAUAAUAACGAAAAUAUUAAGAGUUUUCAAUGUUGCUUUCUAAGAAGAAAGAUGGUUUUGUAAAAUAUAUAGAUAUAUACAAUUUAUUAAAAUAGUAAUGUAUAUUAAAAAAUGUAGUACAAAAAUUCUAAUUAGUAUAUGAAAAUAGAAAAGUACAUUCACUUAUUGUUAAUAUGUGAUUAAUGAUUGAUUUUAUUUGUGAAUUAAGUACAGAAUUUGAAUGCAA